AUGCUGAACCCGGUGUACACGCCACCUCUGUCGCACGAGUUAUCGAUGAUGUUAUUAUCGGACAGCUACCAAGACGCUAUGAUGGUAAUGCAGCGCGCUCUACGAGAUUCUUCGGCUCUUACCGUUGGAGUUGAGGGAGCAACAAACAUGCUGUCACGUAGUCUAUCGAAUGCCAUUGUUCACGAUUGUGGUGAAGUGCUUUCAAGAACUGAGAAGAUGGAGCAUGAUUAA